AUGACGCACACAGUGCUCCUGUUACAACCUGCAGCAGCGAAGACGACACGAACAUACUACGACUAUGAGUCGAUCGCGGAGCUGGUGGACGGCCUUUGUCAUUUGUACGAGCAGCGGGUACGAGCGCAGAACCCCGGUAUGCAGCAAGUGGAGUACGGACUUGGUGACUUGAAUCGUUUCAUUGAUGAACUAUUCGAUUGUGGAGUUUUGACCUAUGACGAAGCGACACGUUCUUACAAACCGCACAAUAAAGCUUGGUUAAAGGAGCAGUGCUAUCGGCUCUUGAAAGCACGGGCAAAGCCGGCGAACGCUGCCUGA